AUAAAAGAAGCCUGAAGAAAACGAGAACUACUGCACUUCUUCACUCCCCGCAAUCCCUCUCCAUCUCCAUCUCCGUCUCUUAGGCGUAGCCGCGUAGGAAAGUCACUGACUCGCCUGUUUCUUUAUAUAACGGGGCCUUCGUUUUUUUGGCAGAAAUCUCUCGUCCUUGCGCCACUUCCCGUCGUUUAUGUCUUGCUAUCUCUCAAACGUCAAAUUUCUCUCCAAAUUCUUGCAACAUUUAAAUCAUCCUCACAAUCCAAAGUUCUUCUUCCCGGUUCUUCGCGAGAAAGCAUACUGAGAAGUUGAGUUGUGAAUUCGGGAACCCUAGGUCCUCCUCUCCAAAAGCCCUCGUCGGCGUCCAUCUUCUCCGACCGGCAACUCUCGCCGGCGUCCGCCGUCUCCGACCAACAACGAUCAAUCCUCUCCGGCCACGCCUCUUCCAUCCAUCCCAUCGAGCUCUCAACCGCAAUUCUUCAAGAACAUUCGAGUUUCCCACUUCCGGAAAGUUUUGGCUAUUGUUUGUCUACUACCGCCCGGCGGCCGGAGACGCUACGAAUCGAGACUGAGGACUUCCGCCUUCAGAAAUUCUUGAUGGACACAGUGGAGGAGAUGCUUCAUGAGCAGCUCUUGAUAUUGUUUGCUUCGCAAACAGGAAAUGCAAUGGAUGCUGCUGAACGGCUUGGCCGUGAAGCUGAGCGCCGUGGAUGCCCCUCAGUCUCCGUUCUCUCAAUCGAUGAAUUUCAACCUAGCAACUUGCCAAAUAAGGAGGCUGUGAUUUUUGUGGUGGCAACCACAGGUCAAGGAGAGAACCCAGACUCCAUGAAGCCAUUUUGGAGGUUUUUAUUGCAAAAGAAUUUGACAAGGGAGUGGCUUAAAGGAGUUCAUUACGCUGUGUUUGGAUUGGGAGAUUCGAGCUACCAAAAAUAUAACUUUGUGGCUAAGAAGCUUGACAAACGGCUCUCUGAUCUUGGUGCAGUGGCUAUUGUUGAAAGAGGCCUGGGCGAUGACCAACACCCUUCAGGGUAUGAAGGGGCUCUGGAUCCUUGGAUGUCUGCCUUGUGGAAUAUGUUGUAUCAAAAGAAUCCCAAACUACUUCCAAAUGGCCCCGAUUUAUUGACACAUGAUGCAACUUUACUGGACCAACCAAGAGUGCGAAUUAUAUUUCACGAUGCCGAAGAAUGGGUGCCGCCACCUCUUUCAACAACCACGGAUUUGGAGGAACUUGGGAUGCGAAUUGAGAGGGUUCGUUCAAUGACUCGUGGAAAGGUUUCUGGUAAAAACAGACCUGAUUGCUUCCUGAAGAUGACCAAGAAUCAUCUGUUAAGUAGACCAGACAGCGGGAAGGAUGUACGGCACUUGGAAUUUGAAGCUGUUUCAUCUUCAAUAAAUUAUGACGUGGGCGAUGUUCUUGAGAUUCUUCCUGGACAAAAUCCUACUGCUGUUGAUGCGUUUAUACAGCGUUGCAAUUUGAACCCUGAUUUAUACAUAACUGUUCAGCAAAGAGAUGAAGCGAGGGAUCUUCCUAUGUUCCCUGUGAAGCUAAAAUCAUUUGUUGAGUUAACAAUGGAUGUUGCAUCAGCUUCCCCAAGGCGUUAUUUCUUUGAGGUCAUGGGUCAUUUUGCCACCGCUGAACAUGAAAAAGAGAGGCUGCAAUAUUUUGCCUCACCUGAAGGAAGUGAUGAUCUUUACCGGUACAAUCAGAAGGAAAGGAGGACUGUCCUGGAGGUACUGGAGGAUUUUCCUUCUGUGCAGAUGCCGUUCGAAUGGCUGGUACAGAUUGUUCCCCCUCUGAAAACGAGGGCUUUUUCCAUUUCCUCCUCUCUUUCAGCGCAUCCAAAUCAAGUGCACUUAACUGUUAGCGUUGUAUUAUGGACAACUCCUUACAAGAGGAAACGUGAAGGCCUUUGCUCAUCCUGGCUUGCCAGUCUCGAUCCUGAACAAAGAGUUCUUAUUCCAGCAUGGUUCAGAAAAGGUUCUCUUCCUUCCCCAUCACCAUCACUUCCUCUCAUUCUCGUGGGACCCGGGACUGGAUGUGCCCCUUUCCAUGGAUUUAUUGAGGAAAGAGCCUUACAGGAAAAAAAAAUUCCCACGGCCCCAAUCCUUUUCUUUUUCGGCUGUAGAAGCCAAAAUGACGACUUUUUAUAUCAAGAUUUCUGGUCUUCGCAUUCGGAAAACAAUAGAGUGCUUUCUGAAGGAAAAGGUGGAGGAUUUUAUGUUGCUUUUUCGAGGGAUCAGCCUCAGAAGGUUUAUGUACAGCACAAAAUGAGGGAGAACAGUAAGAAGAUAUGGAGUUUGCUGAGUCUUGGUGCUGCCGUUUAUGUUGCGGGGUCCGCUAACAAAAUGCCUUCGGACGUGUUAUCGGCAUUUGUGGAGAUUGUUUCGAGUGAAGGUGGGGUUUCGAGAGAGGAGGCUUUGAAGUGGAUUAGGGCGCUCGAGAAGGCUGGCAAGUAUCAUGUUGAAGCCUGGUCUUCUUGAGUUCCAUUCUGGAUUUUGAAAGAUGCUAAUUGCAGUUGGUUUUUCAAACUUUAUCGGAAGGCUAAAGUUGCAGUUUACAUUAUAAUGGGCUGAAAGUUGAUAGGGAAAUACCUAUAGGUUUUAGGUUAUAAGAUGAAUCUUCAAACUGU